UAAGUUUGGAGCUAUUGAGAUAUACUAGUUAGAACGCACGUCUAGCUGGUUUGGUAGUGGUACACAGUUCGCUUUAGUAAAAGGCUAGUUGGUAACCAGGAUGUUUGAUGAGGAUGACCUGUCGGAUGUGGAAGGAGCAGAUAGUUCAAAGGGAGUCGAAGAAAGCGAGAAGAUACAAGCUGUCCAGCUGACCAAAGAAACUAUCUGUGACGGGCUGUCACUGCUGUGCCGGACAGGAAAUAGAUUAGGGCACGCAUUUAUCAAACUGCACCUCAAUAACAAAGGACUGGAUAGCAUAGCUGCAAUCAGCAGUUAUAUUCACAUACGCUUUCUGGACUUAUCCAACAACUACAUCGCUGAUUUGUCUCCUCUGGCAACUUUGAAAGAUUUACUUUGGCUAAAGGUUGACAAUAAUGUUGUGGCAUCCUUUAAGGGACAACCCUUUCCUGAGCUUUCCUUCCUGCAGUGGCUGAGUAUGGCAGCUAACAGACUAACAGACCUCGAUGGUCUAGCUGGGCCCGCCUUGGAGAGCCUCGAUCUUACAGGAAACCGUAUUCAGCAACUGAACGGUUUUCAGAGUAGCCAUUUUGCAAAUCUGGUGACACUGGAGCUAAGGGGAAACCACUUGGAUACCACCGAUGGCAUUAACCUUCCAAAUUUGCGAAAACUAUAUCUGGCCAAAAAUGUUAUCAAACGUCUUGAGGGUCUGGAGAAGUUGGAGCGCCUCACCGUACUUCAUCUUCGAAACAACCAGCUUGAAUCUCUGGAUGGUCUCAGCCCCAGUAUGAAGUGUCUUCACUACCUCAAUGUCAGAGGCAAUUUAAUCUCAGAUGAAAAGGCCAUACAAAGUGUUGGCCAUGUGUCACAAACCCUGCGAGCUUUGGUCCUUUCUGAGAAUUUGCUGGCUGAAAUAUCAGACUACCGCCUGAGUGUGCUAAUAAUAUUGCCACAGUUGGAGCGACUUGACAAAGAUCCUGUCUCCUCUGAAGAGAGAAGUGAAGCUCAGAUAAUGUUCAGAGAACUUAACGAAGAGGAAAUACUUGAGCCAUAA